AUGAUUGCAGGAACAUGGAUAACUGCUUUCGAUACUACAAUUUUAGUUACUAUGGUAUUCUUCAGAGCUGAAUUUGAGCUUUUAAGGAUUGACUCUGUUGAUAUAUUUGGUACAGAAAAUGCGCAAGUCCCCGAUGAAAUUGCCCUGAAAAGAUUGAAGGAGUGCCAUAAAAGACACGUGGAAUUAAUAAAAUACGCUAACUUGUUCGAUGAUAGUUUAUCACUAAUAAUGUUUUUGUACGCGCUUGUUUGUUCUUUAGUACUGUGUCUAACAGCUUAUCAAAUGACGAGUAUGGAUUUAAGUAGAGCACCUUACGAAAGUAUCUGGUGGACUCGGAGUGUGGCGCACAGGAAAAAUCUUUGCAUGCUGACAAAUCAAUUCAGCAAGAUUGUAAGAUUCUCUGUGGGACCAUUUACGACUCUUACGGUGGCUACAUUUAUUCAAUUUGUCACUCCAUACAAAUAAAGUUUUAUAUACAUUCACAUUACUUGUAAGGUCGAUUUACUCUAUCUAUUUUAUUUUGUUAACUGUCUGGUAAUCUCUUAAUAUUGUAUUGUAUUGUAUUUAAUGAGCGACAAAGAUAAUCGUUUUUAUUAUUCCAUAAUAAUAUUAAAUAGUAAAAGUAGUCUGUGUAUAUGUCUGAUAAGCUGUCACGCCUAACCCACACCCAAAAGAUAGGACACAGAUUGAUUUUCAUUGUGAUAAAAAGGUUGAAAUAUGGAUUUAAACUUUGUAUGAAAGUUCUUCAUUGUCAAACUUGAAUACCAGAGCGUGUGGUAGGUCAUAGCACUUAGUAGAUGAUAUUCGGCGGCAUGGAGGUCGAGACUGGACGAGUCGAGCAUAAGAUCGCCAGGAGGGGAAGAGAAGGAAAGAAGCCUACAUACUAGACUGGAUAACCAAAGGACCACCAUGAUGAUGAUUAUUAAUAAGAAGAUGGGAUAA